CCCUAACGUCUUUUCUAUGGGACAUCGUCAGCUGUAAACGGCUAAGCCUACUAAACACACAAUUCUCCUUUCCCGAGCGGCCUGCUCUCUCUACUGGCUGCUUCCCGUGUGGAACUUCAGGAAUAGGAGACGAAACCAGGCUGCAGAAGCAGUGCAGUAAGUCAGACCUUUCACCUAAAAUCCUAUAUUGCACUUUGCCAUCUCACAUACUGCUAAUCAGUGUACCAAAAUUUCCUUCUUUAUUCUGUUCCUCUUGUUUUGAGAAAAAUUGCAAUUUCUGGUAGUGGGGACCCUGAAAUUACAUAUAAUAUACAUGGUUGAUAGCUAUGCAGGGACCCUUCAGCUUGAUGAAGAAUGUUUGUUAUCUGAUUAGCUUGAAGGUCAUUACUGAGUCGGACAAAAUUACAACUGAAGGGCUUUUCAAGUUGUUGAUACCAUAGAGGUUAUUGGUUCUAAAAGCACUUUCAGAGUACAUGUUAACAGGCGCUUCAUUUUUUGUAAUGGUCCUGUUCUAGCCUCAAGAAAAAUCCCAAACACCACCUAACACUCUGCCUCCACAGAAGUCCCUUCCACAUGGCUUCUCUAUAUGUGCCCACUUCCUUCCUCCGUCCAUCACCUUUCCAUCACUCUCAUCGUCUUCUAUUACAAUCACAUCAUCAUCAUAAUUAUAGAGGUGAUUUUAUCUCUCCUCUUUCAUUGUCAACUUCAUUUCCUUCAUUUCGUUCAUUUUGUGCUCCUCAGUCCAUUGAUACUCCAGCCUACUCAAAUGAGGGAACAAUUUCUGUCAUCAACUUCGAAGAUUUUGCUGAGAAAGACUGGUCAUUUCUUGAAUCUGAUGAUGUAAAUUCAAAUGAACAACGUGACCACAAGGCGAAACGGAUAAUCUCUGCUGGGGACAUUGAAGAGAAUUCUCGGGUCUUGGUUUCAAUUGGUGCUGAAGAUUUCAUUGACCACUUGGUUGAUUGGUCUCCCUGCCAACUUCUGCUUGUUGUUCAUGACUCGCUAUUCACUUUAGCGGGGAUCAAGGAGAAAUAUGAUAAAAUUAAGUGCUGGCAAGGGGAAUUGAUCUAUGUGCCUGAGAAAUGGACACCUUUUGAUGUGGUAUUCCUCUACUGCUUACCUGCUUUGCCCUUUGAACUUGAUCAGAUUUUCAAAGCAUUGGCUGCUCGUUGUUCUUCAGGUGCAAGACUGGUCAUUAGCUACUCCCAAGGGAGGGAGGCUGUGGAAAAACAAAAGCAAAAUCAUUCUGAUGUGAUUGUCCAUGACUUGCCUGAUAAAGUUACUUUGGAGAAGGUUGCAGUCGAUCAUUCUUUUGAGAUAACUGAAUUUAUUGACGAGCCUGGUUUUUAUCUUUCUGUUUUGAAGUUUUGUAAGACAGGAGCCUGAAAGGAAUAGAUGGUUGAUACUUCUAAUGGUGUGAAAACUGGCCAUUCCAUGUGUAGGAUUUGAAAAUGAUAUCAGAAACGGUUGUGCAUUCAUUCAAAUUU